AUGGCAGGCACACGGAUUCUAGGCGCCCUGGCGCUCAUCGCCAACGCACCACUUAUCAAAGCCCAACCUGUAGUAUCCAUCCUCAACGGCAGCUACGAGAGCCUACAUCUCCCCGCCUUCCAGCAAGAUCUAUUUCUCGGCAUACCAUAUGCUCAGGACACAGGGGGAGCGAACCGUUUUCGCAUUCCGCAAGCCCUUGAAGAAACCUGGAACGGCACGCGCGACGCCAAGAUCUACGGCCACGCUUGUCCGGACCAGAAUGUGCCCGCGGACUCCGUCUAUGGCAUGAGCGAGGACUGUCUGAGCAUCAACAUCGUGCGUCCUGCUGGGCUGGAUGAUGAUGAUGUGAGGCUACCUGCGAUGCUGUGGAUUAAUGGCGGGAGCUAUCAGGUCGGCACGAGCGGGCUGUCCAACUACAACCUUACGUAUCUGGUCGAGAAGUCCGUGGAGAUCGGCAAGCCUAUCGUUGGUGCAAGUAUCAACUAUCGGAAAGGGGGUUGGGGGAAUAUGUAUUCGGUGGAGAUCCAAGGGUCUGGAAAUACGAAUCUAGCUCUUCGAGAUAUGCGUAAGGGUCUGGCAUGGACCCAGGAGAACAUCGAAAACUUCGGCGGGCUCGGCCAGCUUCUCAUGAGCUACGGUGGGCGUACUGACGGGCUCUUCCACCGCUCUAUUCAGGAGAGCGGCAGUGCAGCAACUGCUUGGUAUAACGGCACAGACUGGUACCAACCCAUCUACGACAAGAUUGUCGGUCAGGUGAACUGUACUGCGGCUGCAGAUACUCUGGAAUGCCUUCGAACGGUUGAGUAUGACGUGCUUCACCCCUUCUUGAACACAUUCGUUGUUGCUGGUCCCGGUUUCUACCCUACCGUCGACGGUAAUAUCAUACCCGACUACCCGACCGAACUCCUGCACUCCGGCCGCUUCGCCCACGUGCCACAUCUCUACGGGACGAACUUCGACGAAAGCACCGACAACGCCCCAGUAGGCGUAAUCAACACCAACGAAGACCUACGCAACUUUCUGCUCCACGACACAGGCUUCAACUUCCCCAACGCAGCCCGCUUCGCCGACAAGGGUCGGCAGUACGUGCGGCACUACGCCGAACACGCGCUGACGUACAACUACCGGUUCAACACGCGGCCCUGGGAGAACUCGACUACCACCGCCACAUCCUCGCCCACGUCUAACUCCAGUGACACGGAUCCGGAUCCGGAGGACCAGCUCGCGCCGGCGUACAAGGGCGUCGAGCACUUCAGCGAGGUGGCAUUCGUGUUCAACAACCCGACGACGGCGGGGCCGUGGCCGCAGUACGAGGCGCUGAGCGCGCAGAUGAGCAGCCAGUGGACACACUUUGCGUAUGGUGGUGAUCCGAAUGGGGAGGGGCUGCCGGAUUGGCCUGUUUAUAGUUCGAGUGCGAGUGGAUGGAAUCUGGUGUUGCAGGCUGAGGCUCAGGGGGGAGCGUAUGCGGAGGAGGAUGUGUAUCGGCUUGCUGGACGGGAGUACUUGACUCGGUGGGCGCGGAGGAGGCAUGUGUGA